GGCAUAUUCUUCAUAUCAGAGUAAUGAUUAAAGAUCAUGCACCGUAGUUAAUGUCACCAAGUGAUUAGCUAGCAGUUCUGAGCUAGUAUGCAGAAAAUGGCAGAUGAGGAAAUACAUAUGAUCAAGAAGAGAAUGCAAACAGUUGUGUUAUUUUACAGCAACAAAAAGUGUUGUGUAAACGCAGAGAUUUUUGUGCCCAUUGUGGUACUCAGUGGGCCCCUGCUCCAAAAACUAUUCACAAGCUUCAUCAGCAGUUUCAACAGGAUGGUAUACAAUGUAGGAAAAGAAAUGCAAAUGUGCAUAGCCCACAGAAUAUUGCAGCUGUCAGAGCAGCCAUAUAAAGAAGCCCUGGAAGGUCGCGGCAGAAUUCAGAAUAUCCAAACGACCAGAGCGGUGAAUUUUGCCCAAUGAUUUGCAUCUGUAUCAGUUCAAAUGACAGUGAUGCAUGAACUAACCGGUCAUGAUAAACAACUCGGACUGGAGUUUGCUGCAUGGACAGUGCAUGAAGAAGUCACAAUGCACAAUGUAUGGUUUUCAGGUGAAGCACGUUUUCACUUGGAUGGCGUUGUCAACAAGCAAAAUGUGCACUUUUGGUCUUCAGAAAAUCCUCGUGCUCACCAAGGAAAUGCUUCAUGCACCGAAAAUUCCUGUUUGAGAUGUCAUCUCCAACUAUGGACUCAUCAGACCGAUAUAGUUUGACCAUACUGUGAAUAGCGAGCAGUAUCUGAGCAUGCUGAACAGCAGUUUUGUCCCUCAGCUUAUCACAAAUGGUUUGCUGUUAAAUACACUGUGGUUUGGGACUGCACCAAAUAGCAGAUGUUGUCUAGGGCUUCCUGCAAGGCACUUUUGGUCCACGUGUGAUUUCCCAUUGAUAUUAUGAUCAUUAUGGAUGCUGACAGAAGUGGCCACCCAAUAGCCUGGACAUUAACCCCUGUGACUUUAUCCUUUGGUGUACCUUAAAGGAAAAGCCUCAUUGUGCAACUGAGAGCUUUUAUUGUUCAAAUGUGUGGUGAAAUUAUGGAACAUGUGCCGUCCAAUGAUCACAAACGUAGCCGUUAGUAUUUUGGAAGUUGCACGACAGAACGGUGGUCAAAUUGAGCAUAUGAUCCACAAAGGAAAAAUCUCCAAGAAUUAUUCUAUGUAUCUACAAAAGAUAGUGGAUCUGAUGUCAUAAGAGAGGGAGCAACAAGUUAUUUGAACCAGCAGCAGAAAGUUUUUCUGGUGCCAACAUUGCAGGGAUUGGUGAUGAUGGUUGUGGUGGGAGAUAAAAGAAAUGCUAAUUUGUGUGAUAGUAGGGGAAAAAAUGAUAGUAACAGUACUGCAAACAUUGGAGAAACCAGUUAUAUGUGUGGGGGGAUACUCAAAUGUAACAGUGUUACCACAAACAAAGAAGAACCUUACAAUUUUAGUGAAAAAUUGAAAACAGAUGUCAAUGCAAAUAUGGGAGGAGGUUAUUUUUCUAGUCAGGCACCCAGAAAUAACUUUGUUUUAAACAGUGGACAGAAGAGUCUUAUAUGUGAUGAAUUUAAUAAGAAAAUUAAUGCUACUAGAAACUUGAGUCAAUUGAAGCAUCCCCAUAACUUUUCUUUAGUGCCAGCACAGCGGAGAGAAGUAAGUAAUAUAUCGCUACCAAACAAUGAUGAGGAGAAUGAUAUUUAUGCAAAGACUCUAAAAUGUACCUCAGUUACCAUCAGUGGAGAAAGUAGUUUCAAUGAUGGUGAAACUUUAAUUAAAAGUGAUGCUAUUUCAGACGAUGAAGAAAUCAUCUAUUGUGGUGAGGUAGUCAGUGGUAAGUCUAUUGGAAAUGAUAGGCAGAAGAGUUACAUGUGUGAUAAACUGACCAAGAAAAGUGACACUACUGCAGAUUUGAGUGUGUUGAAUUGGCCACAGAAUGUUACAAUACCAGCAGUGCAAAGAAAGACAAUGCUUAUAAAAGGAGAGACAAGAAGUGUGUCACCACCAAGGAUUGAUGUAAAUAAUUACAUUUUUGAUGCAGCCCCUGAGAGAAGUAAUAAUACAGAAAGUUAUGUUGGAGGAAGUUAUGUUCGUUGCAAUACACUUAAUAGUAAUCUGGUUGCAAUCAUUGGGGGAAAAUCACAUGUUUCCAGUGAGGAUGUCAAAAGUAACACAGUUACAAGCAUUGAAAGGAAGGCAAGUGCUUCUGGUGAUACACUCAAAAGUAAUGCUGGUGAUGAGACUGUGAGAUGCAAUGCUGUUGCAAAUGCUGGAAAAGAAAGUGUUGAUCCUUAUGUAAAAUUAGGCGAGGGUACCACUACUGAGAAAUUGGGCACAUUUAAUCAGCACCAGAAAUUUGCUCUGCUACCAACAACAUUGGGUUGUAUGAUAGUUAAGCUGGAUAAAACAAGGCUUAACAGUAACAAUAGAACUGAUUAUUGUGGUGAUUCACUCAAAAAUGACCCCGCAGAAAACAGUGCAGGGAAUACCACAUCUGAAAACCUACCAUUAGGUGAUGCAACAGUUCUUCCAGGUGAUCAGCGCCAAAUAUGUUUUAUAUGUGGUAAAAUAUUUGACAAGGAAUCAACACUUGAUUUACACUUAAAGACACAUAACUUUUUGUGUGAUAUAUGUGGUAAAGUUUUGUUGACAUCAGAUAAGCUGAGACGACACAAACGGUCACAUAAAGAAAGACUAUUUACUUGUGACAUCUGCAACAAGACUUUCAAAUUCACUUACCAGCUGAAUUCCCACCAUAAGAUAGUACAUUCUGGCAUUAAGAAUCAUAUUUGCAAUAUAUGUGGUUAUGCAGCAGCAUUUAAAUCAGCUCUGAAGGCACAUGAAAACAAACAUCUACAUGAUUUCAGAUAUCAUUGUGAUGUUUGUGGUAAGGGUUUUCAUGAGAAGCAUCAACUCAAGACACACAUGAACUUUCACUCAAGAAAUCAGCCAUUUUCAUGUAAUAUAUGCGGGAAGGCAUUUUUUUACAAGCAUUACUUAACUCGUCACAAACGAACUACUCACCCAGAAGUGCAGAAAGAUGGCAGCACUAAGUCAUUUGAGGGCCAUGAGUGUGAAUUUUGUGGCAGAGUGUUAAAACACAAAAAAACUUUGCUUCUACACAUGGGUUCCCAUACAGGAGGGAAUCGUACUUUUCUCUGUGACAUUUGUGGCAGGUCAUUCAGGACCAAUCAUCAACUAGAGGCACACAAACGAGUUCACACAGGUGAAAAACCUUUUGUAUGUGAUGUCUGUGCUAAGGCAUUUGGAAAAAAAUCAAGCCUGAGAAUGCAUAUGUGUGUGCACACAAGGGAAAAACACCACAGAUGUGAUGAAUGUGGUAAAUCAUACACACAACAAUCAAGUCUCAUUGUUCACAAACGUUAUCACACUGGACAGAGACCUUACCAUUGCCUACUUUGCAAUAAAGGCUUUGUGACUAAAACCCAACUUAAAAUGCACCAGAACACAGUUUGUGUAUGAGAACCUGUAUUUCAAGACUCAUUUAUAUUAAAAAUACAAGCAGCACAAUAUUGUAAACUUUUAUUUCUAAAGAGUAACUGGGUUUCUCCAGGUGCCUAGAGGUUUUUGGUCUUACUCAUAUGAUUAUAAGUUUAUGGCUUGGAAUAUAUAUCAUGCAGUAUUCUAGUUCUCUGUAAGUGGAUGGAUCAUAAUUAGGGGCAAAUUCAGAAGUUGUUGUCCUGCUGAUGCAGUGAAUGGAGUCAAACGAUUUGAACUUUCUUCAGGCAUUUAGACAAAGCAUGACAGAAUGCAGUCCAGAUGAGUUUGUAAGUCAGUUUGGUAUGUAUGAAAUUGCUAUUGGACCAGAUAUUUAUGCAAUGUCUUCAGGAAUAAAGCGAUUGUUCCCAAAGUCCAGUGUUUGUUCUUAAUGACUUUGUUAGAUGUAGUUCACGUGAUCUGAAUAAUGUAUGUUGUGUAGACAUACAUCUGAAUAUUGGUUUAAUCCACAUCAUUGCAGACUCUGUCAGUAGAUAAGUGAUGUUAGCCAUUUUUAGGAAUGUCUUGUUUAGAGUUAUGUUAGUGCUUUUUGUGGAGGAUGUUGUGUUUUAAUUUUCAUCAUGCUUUGUGUAAAAGAUUGUCACAGGAUGAUAAACUGAAAGCACUUUGUUAAAGAGCUUUGAUGUGGGUUACAUAAUAAUGAACAGAGUUGGUAUUUUGUUGUAAGAAUAUCUGAUAUCAGUAGUUUCAGAGCAGAAUGUUACUUUGUUUUAUUUUGCAAUAAAGUGGUCACAUAUUUAAAUAGUCUCUUUUUAUUGAUUUCUACUUGGGUUUGGAAUUGUUAGAGUGGUUAAUAUUUUACAAGAUUUAAUGCAAGUAAAAGGUAGUAACAAUCACUUUUGAUAUCAGCUCGUAGACUUUGCACGGUCUGAAAUUUUAAUCUUUAUGUAUAGUUACAAAUAUCUUAAUGUCAUUACUGACUGGUCUCUUUUAUUGUUUUUAUUGGUUGUUGAUUUACCAUUGAGCUGUAAUAAUAGGGAACUGACAUAGCUUGGUCUGCAAGUGACAAACUGGACUAAACAGCUGAAAUCAUUCCUAGAAGGAGCACAGGGAGAGUUGGGUGACCAUAGCUUGGUCUGGUAUGUUAAAGAGAUAGAAAAACAUGCUUCUGUAUACAUUCUUCCAUAUAUAUCUGCACCACCGACCCUAUCGAGUCAGACUGUGACAGUGGUGUCAGUAACACUGUUUGUGUGAGGACAUGAAAAAAUGUAGCCUUGUUGAAAAGAGAUAUAUUUGUGUCCAGUCAUUUUAAAAUGAUGGUGCUGCAAGUGAUGCAGUGAUAAUGUGAUGACAUCAGCAAAGAUCAGGUUAUAUAGAAUAAAAUACUGUUCAACUGAAACCACAGUUAUGUGCUGUAUGUGAUAAAAAAAUUUCACAUGCAGUCCGACUUGGCUCCAAGGGAUGUUUAUUUGUGAAAUGCGCAGUAACUGAAUGAUUACCAGGGUAAAGAGCCCGUGAGCAUUCAGUACACUGGCGUCAUCCAUAUUCUUGUAAUUUACAUUAUGGUCUGCAGACAUUUGUUUCAGCUGAAUGAAUACAAGAACAUACACUUUGGCAUUAUGAAUUAGGCAUUGAACACAUCCUCUGUGACAGUGUUUGACAAACUUUUUAACCUGUGCUGCACCCUAAUUUGUCAAAGACACAUGAUAGCACACCACAAAAGUUUGCCUCACAAGGAUUGUGAAACUAUAUGUUUCCAUAAAUAUAUAUGUGAAUACAAAUUCUUGCCCUCUAACAGUGCAAACAUACAAAAACAAAACAUAACACAUGUUGAAUAAAAAUUUUGAUGAUGAGCCUGUGUGUAUGUGCAUGCAUGGACCCGGAGGCCAGCUGUCAGGAUUGUUUUGUUUUGUUCCUUACUUGUUUCCAGGCACAUGCUGGGAUAAUGGCUUCAAUUUGGCUAUUACCACUGCCUUCCCCAUCCUUUUCAGUACAUCAUUUACAAAUUUCUUUAUACAAUACUAUAUACAAAAUAACAAAAGUUAGGCUGACUGAACAAGUAUGGAUUGCUACAAGUUAUGGAACAUUGUAAGUUUUUUUUAUCCCUCCAGUGUAUCCAGUCCACAUUCUACCACUGUAUGUGCAAUUUGACUGUGAAUGAUAUAUAUUUCUGGUAGUAUGUCCCAAAAAGUAAUAAAUACCUGGAAUAGAAUGUCUACAUGACGGGAGAAUAAAUUACAUUCAAUGGAUUUCAUUUUGAAUCUACACAUGAUUUACCAGAAUAUACUAAUGCGUUUGAAAAAUGAAUUGUGAUACAGCAGAAAGUGAAGACUGGUCUUACAAUAUGCAUUUUGACUCUCACAUUACACAUUGUAACUGCAGAUUCAUCACUUAACUGCUUUAAACUUAUUUUUACAUAUUAACUAUAUAACAUUAUCCUAUGGAAUGGUGAAUGAAUGGUUGGCUCCUUUGCUUCAUAGUAAUGAGUUCUGAGGUUCAAAAACUCAACCUGGAAUGCAGCUUUGUUCUCUAAGGUAUGCUUAUGGUCUUCAUUAGUCAAACCAUGCACAGGAUAUGAAGAAAAGUGAAAGGCUUAUUUCAUAUCCUGUGCAAAGUCAGCAUCUGCCAUUCUGAGAAUCAGUUAUAGACUAUUUGUUUGACUUCAGACACGUAACUCAGUUACAUUUUUAUUUUGAAAACAACAUUAUACGUGAUCAAAAGUAAUGGCUUUAUGAUUAUAAAUGAUGUGUUUUCAUGUCUUCAUAAUGUUUUGGUUGUAUUUCUGCAUCUUUGUUAGUUAACAAAAUAUGAUUGUUUGAAAUAAAGUUUGCCUGGGAAA